GUUGUAAAUGUCAAUUAUCUAUCGGUCGUUUCGUUAUCGUUUAUUCUGUGCGUUUCUCAUAUUUGUUUGAGUGAGUAGUGACGCAUUUGUGUGUAUAAAAUUAAAAUUAAUCUUAGAGUUCAGAACUGAGUAUUGGAUAUUUGCCAUUUUGAUAAAAUGGGUUCGAAGUCGGAUACCAGCACAAGGAGAACUUCUAGACGCAAGCGUAGACAUUCGAAGUCCGCAUCACCUCGGAGAGUUGUAAAACAAGAAAAGGAAAGUCUACCUCGCAAAGCAGUAGAGCCGGAAAAGGUUGUACCCGAACGGAAACCAAAAGAAACAGACAUGCUUAAUACUAGGACUGGUGGAGCUUACAUCCCUCCUGCUCGUUUGAGGAUGAUGCAGGCACAGAUUACUGAUAAAUCGUCAGUAGCUUACCAAAGACUAGCCUGGGAAGCCCUAAAGAAAUCAAUACAUGGUCACAUCAACAAAAUUAACGUUGGUAAUAUAGGAAUAAUUAUUAAAGAGCUUUUAAAAGAAAACAUUGUGCGUGGUCGUGGUUUGCUCUGUCGAUCAGUAAUACAGGCACAAGCCGCUUCACCAACAUUCACUAAUGUUUAUGCUGCACUCGUGUCAGCUGUUAAUUCUCGAUUCCCAAAUAUUGGUGAAUUAUUACUCAAAAGAUUAGUCAUUCAGUUCAAAAGAGGUUUUAAAAGGAAUGAUAAACCUACAUGUAUUUCUUCAGCAUCUUUCAUUGCUCAUUUAGUUAACCAAAGAGUGGCUCAUGAGAUUCUCGCUUUGGAGUUACUAACAUUGCUUGUUGAGACACCAACUGAUGAUUCAGUUGAAGUUGCUAUAGCAUUUUUAAAGGAAUGUGGGCAAAAACUCACAGAAGUAUCAAGCAAAGGUGUCAAUGCCAUUUUUGAAAUGCUAAGAAACAUUUUACAUGAAGGUCAACUAGACAAAAGGGUUCAAUACAUGAUUGAGGUAAUGUUCCAAGUGUGGAAGGAUGGCUUUAAAGAUCAUCCAGCACUGAUUGAAGAGUUAGAACUGGUACCUGAGGAAGAGCAGUUUACACAUCUGUUGAUGUUAGAUGAUGCUACAGAUUCCCAGGAUAUAUUGAAUGUCUUCAAGUUUGAUGAAAAAUAUGAGGAGAAUGAACAAAAGUACAAAUCAUUGAGUAAGGAAAUACUAGGAUCUGAUGCGGAGUCAGGUGAAGAAGAUGGUUCUGAAGAAAGUGGUAGUGAGGAGUCUGAAGAUGAAGAAACUAGUGAACAGAAACCAGUCACUAUCAUAGAUAAUACUGAGACAAAUCUUGUUGCUCUGAGGAGGACAAUUUAUUUGACUAUAAACUCUAGUUUAGAUUUUGAGGAGUGCGCUCACAAGCUUAUGAAAAUGCAACUGAAACCUGGCCAGGAAGUUGAAUUGUGCCACAUGUUCCUUGACUGUUGUGCAGAACAGAGGACGUAUGAAAAAUUCUAUGGUUUACUAGCACAAAGGUUUUGUAAUAUAAACAGGAUAUACAUAGGUCCAUUUGAAGAGAUAUUCAAAGACUCAUAUGGAACUGCUCAUAGACUGGACACUAAUAGAUUAAGAAAUGUGAGUAAGUUCUUUGCUCACCUACUUUUCACUGAUUCCAUUAGCUGGGAAGUAAUGGAGUGUGUGAAGCUAAAUGAAGAAGAUACAACAAGUUCCAGCCGUAUUUAUAUAAAGAUUUUAUUCCAAGAACUCGCUGAAUAUAUGGGCUUGAAGAAACUAAAUGAUCGCCUUAAAGAUCCAACUCUACAAGAUGCUUUCUCAGGAAUAUUCCCUAGAGACAACCCAAAGAAUACAAGAUUCUCAAUAAACUUUUUUACAUCCAUUGGCUUAGGGGGACUUACUGAUGAGUUGCGAGAACAUUUGAAACAGAUGCCAAAGAAUGUUCCAGCCCCAGUCCAAGAAAUCAAUCUAGAUAGUGAAUCUGAUUCCAGCUCCAGUUCAAGCAGUUCCAGUUCAGAAGACUCUUCAUCGAGUUCUAGUGAUUCUUCAAAUGAAAAGACAAAGAAGAAAACUAAAAAAGCCAAGAAUAAAGAUAAGAGCCCUAAAACACCAGAACCGGAAGAAACAGAUAAAAGCAAUAAAAAUGAAAGAUGGGGACAUGAUGGAUUUUAUGACACUUACGGUAAAGAUGCUCAAAGAAUUGAAAAUAGAAAAAGGGACGAUGAUAAAUUUGCUAGACCACGAGAUUACAGAAAUGGGCGUGACAAAGAUGUUGACACAGAAAGAGAGUUCAGAGAUAGUAGUGACAGAAGAAGGCGUGAUGAUUGGAACGAUCACAAUAGUGGUGAUGAAACUAGGGUAAGAAACAGGAACGACCGAUAUGAAAGACAUCGCGAUCAAGACCCAGAACAUAAACGAAGUGACUAUCAACAAAGAAGGAGAGAAGAACAAUAUGACAAAUACAGACAAGAUGAUAAAACUGAUAGUUAUAAAGGAAAUGUAGAACGCAGGAGGGACGGCCAAUAUGAAAAACGAAGACAAGAUGAUGAAAUCGAUAAUGAUAAAAGAAAUGUUGAACACAGAAGAAGGGAGGAACGAUAUAAGAAACGAAGACAAGAUGAUGAAAACGAUAGUGAUAAAAGAAAUGUUGAACACAGAAGAAGAGAGGAACAAUAUAAGAAACGAAGACAAGAUGAUGAAAACGAUAAUGAUAAAAGAAAUGUUGAACACAGCAGAAGAGAGGAACAAUAUAAGAAACGAAGACAAGAUGAUGAAAGUGAUAAUGAGAAAAGAAAUGUUGAACACAGCAGAAGAGAGGAACAAUAUAAGAAACGAAGACAUGAUGAUGAAAGUGAUAAUGAGAAAAGAAAUGUUGAACACAGCAGAAGAGAGGAACAAUAUAAGAAACGAAGACAAGAUGAUGAAAGUGAUAAUGAGAAAAGAAAUGUUGAACACAGCAGAAGAGAGGAACAAUAUAAGAAACGAAGACAAGAUGAUGAAAGCGAAAAUGAGAAAAGAAGUGUUGAACACAGCAGAAGAGAGGAACAAUAUAAGAAACGAAGACAAGAUGAUGAAAGUGAUAAUGAGAAAAGAAAUGUUGAACACAGCAGAAGAGAGGAACAAUAUAAGAAACGAAGACAAGAUGAUGAAAGCGAUAAUGAGAAAAGAAAUGUUGAACACAGCAGAAGAGAGGAACAAUAUAAGAAACGAAGACAAGAUGAUGAAAGCGAUAAUGAGAAAAGAAGUGUUGAACACAGAAAAAGUGGGAAACAAAAUAAGAAAAAAAGACAUGAUAGUAAAAACGAUAGUGAUACAGUUACAAUAAGAAAAAAAUAAAUAAAACAUCACUUAUUUUCAAAUACAGUGUGAACUCUUUAUAUUAAUAAACUCCCUCUAAAGU